GGAUUUUGUCUGGGGGCUGGGGAGACGAAGGGGUUUCCUCAGCCUCAGAUCCAGCCACAAACUCAGCCCCAGCCUCAGCGACAGAAUAACCUGAAUCGCAAACCAACCCAUCGAGUAUCAGUCCCUCCUGCCGAUCCUUACGCGGAGCCAAUAGACCCAACUGCGGAGACCUAUAUCAAAGUUGGAGGAAAUGCUUACAAAGUCGAUCCAGCCAGGGAUCCCCAGCCCCAUCAGGCUAUAUACCAUCGAUGGCUCCCAUUAGUGUGCCAAAGACUAUUAUCCCCACGUUCGACGUUAAUUCGUAUUGGGAGGGCUUUUGUAGAGCCGUUUCCCUCGUCACCUUCCUCGCACCAAUCAUCCUUAUUCAUGUCUACUGUGUCGAACCAACAGGGUUUAAUGGACCACAAUGCUAUGUCUGCGAAAUCGUCUUUCUCCUAAUCAACGUCUAUGGCAUCGGCUGGGGAAAAAGAAACCAGCCCUACAUUGCACUCUACUCCCAAACGAUAGCGCUUUACUUAUUAAUGAUUAUCCUACGACUCGAGGAGGAGAAAGACCUGAGUCUCGCUUUCAUUCUCCUGCUACCUCCCAUCACAUCGGUCAUCACCCUGUCAUCUGCACUCUACCUCGUACACGGGACUCUUGAAACCUAUCUCCUACCGUUCGACUCGGACCUACAGGUUGUGCAUUGGUUAGAAGUUCGUUCUUUCUUCGGGUCAAAAAGAAAGGCUGGGGAGCUGACGUCCGAACCUAAUGAUCGCGAUAUCGAGGCUGCUAUUGUCUCGUUGGCUGAAGACAAGCGCAAGGCGACUUAGUACUUAGGGGGUUCCAUCACCGGUCGGGCUGAGGUUUAUAAGCAGUCGUUUGUGUGGUUUCGAUUUCGGGGGGUUUAACGAACAUCUUGAUAGUCGUAGAUGUGUUAGUCCUAUGAGGAUGAGAGGAAAUGUUCAUAAUCCACGCUCGAGCGCCCACCUACGGAAUGUCUUUCUUAUCGUGUCCUGCCAUAUAUGAAAUUAUAAUACGGGA